AAUAUUUGGACGUGUAGUGCAGAUGGCUGUUUGUGUCUUUGGGAACGCCGUUAAGCGUAGAGCGGCAUAAUUUCUGUCCAGGUGUUUUUGAAAAUUGACUUUUGUUUUGUAAAUGAGUUGGUGAAAAACGCAAGCUCUGCAAAUUCAAAAAAACAGAUCCAUUUACUGAUAUCAGGAUCUUGGGGGAAUAAGCCGCAGAAUAUAGCACGAAGAGAAAUACGCAAUUUUGUUAAAAAUGGCGCCAACAAGGAAUACCCGUGCAGUUUCCAAGCAAGCUGUAACGACAACAAUAGACCCAUUACCCAUGUCUCGGAAAGGACUUACGCGGAGAAGUGCGGUUAACGUACAGGAUCAAAAUGUAGACAUUCAAACGCGCGGCAAGCGUAAAGCCGAACAAAGUCCAGCUAAAAAUGAUAAAAUUAAACGUUCUGCGUUGGGUAAUCUCACUAAUAAUGUUAAGAUGAUGCCUAUGACGACGAAAACUGUAAAUUCAGAAGACGCUUUAAAGGCUAAUCAACAUGUUUCGAAAAGGAAGGAAAGUUAUCUCAGUGGAACACAAGCACAAGUGCUCAAGGAAACACAAAACACAAUAAUAAACGAUGAUGUGUCUACACGUCAACCACUGCAGAAGAAAAUCGCAACCAGAGCAUCAACCCGACAGUCUAUAAUUGCAGCAAAUGCAAAAAAUGCCAAGAAUGAAGAAGAAACGGCAUCAAAGGCAACAACAAAUAAUGUGACAACUAUACCUAAUAUUAAGAUUUUAACAACGACAGCACCAUCAGUGAAAACUCGAAAAUCUGGACAAGCAUUGAAAUUGGCACCUCUUCCUGGAGCGCCAAUAACUGUUUUGUCGCAAGUGAAACAAACUCAAUCCAAUAAACCAGUGCGUCGGAUUUCCAAUGAAUUCAACAAGACUGAGGAAAGUUUAUAUAUGUCUGCAUUGGAGGAUAUAUCUAGUUGCGAGUCUGUGCGGUUAUCUGGUAAUUUCGAGGCAGCUAAGCGUCGUUCGGCUCUUUUGAUACAGGAAAAGAAUAAAGCUGAGAGUUCGCCAUGUCAAGGCAAAGGUGAUAAACCGCCUCCUGCGGGAGUACCUGAAGGUGUUGAAGACUUUGACAAAUUCCACUGGAAUGAUAUCUUCCAAGUAUCGAACUACGCCAUGGAUAUAUUUGAAUAUAUGAAAUCUCGUGAAGCAGAAUUUCCAAUAACGGAUUAUAUGGUAAAACAGGUUAAUUUGAAUAAGUGGAUGCGGACGCUUUUAAUCGAUUGGAUGGUAGAGGUUCAAGAGACAUUUGAAUUGAACCAUGAAACACUUUAUUUAGCUGUAAAAAUUGUUGAUCUCUUUUUAUGUCGCGUCAUUAUCAAUAAAGAUGUGUUGCAAUUACUUGGUGCGGCAGCACUUUUUAUAGCAUGUAAAUUCGAUGAACGUACACCACCUUUGAUUGAAGAUUUUCUUUAUAUAUGUGAUGGGGCGUAUAAACAUCAUGAACUAAUACGUAUGGAAAUGACAACCCUUCGUACAAUUAACUAUGAUUUGGGAAUACCAUUGUCAUAUAGAUUUUUACGCCGCUAUGCACGCUGCUCCAAAGUAUCAAUGGCCACUCUUACAUUGGCGCGAUAUAUUUUGGAAAUGUCGCUUAUGGAUUAUGCUACCAUACAAUUUAGCGAUUCGAAAUUAGCAUGCGCAGCCUUGUUCAUGGCUCUACGUUUACAUGGCGAAAAAAAGCCUUGGAUAAAAGCACUAGAAUACUACAGUGGCUAUAUGUUGACUGAUUUUGCCGAGAUUGUACCGGUUUUAAAUGCAGGCUUGCAUCGGAAACCUAAAGUGAAGACAAUUCGCAGUAAAUAUUCACACAAAAUAUUCCAUGAAGUUGCCAAAGUCCCGCUGCUUACGACUGAAGAACUGUUCGAGGACAAUUUGGACCUGAAUAUUAGCACAAAAAUUGAUGAACCUAAGAACUCAUAAAAUUUAUUACGUCAUAGUUUAAUUAGUUCAAUGCAUGUAUGUCAUUUUCAACUUAACCAAUAACAUAAAUAAACAUUUUAACAAGCACAUUACAUAACCACACAUAA